AUGAUCGGAUUCGGUGCCAACCUCGUGCACGUUAUGCACGGAACCGGCGGUGUCAUUGAGGAGAAGGCUCCCGCCAUUACGAACCUGCUCGCCGCACUCUUCUUCCCGAUCCCUCUGCUCAUGAUCCUUGUGACUGGCCAGGAGCUGAUCACUGCCAACCUCAUGACUCUCCCCAUGGCUGCCAUCAACGGCCGCAUCAAGGCAUGGGAGGUCCCUGUCAACUGGCUCAUCGUGUUCUUUGGAAACCUCACUGGUGUCCUCGUUUACGCCGAGCUUCUUGCCCAGUGCUCUGAGCUUUACACCGGCGAGGCUCUUCUCGCCUUCACCGUCAAGCUCGCCAUGAAGAAGUGCAACCUCCCGUGGGGUGUCGUCGUUCUCCGCGGCAUUGGCUGCAACUUUUUGGUCUGCAUGGGCGUCUGGCUCGCGGUCACUUCGCGUGAGAUGGGCUCCAAGAUCAUCGCCAUGUACCUCCCCGCCGGUCUCUUCGUGUUCCUCGGCAUGGAGCACGUCGCUGCUAACAUGUACUUUGUCCCUGUGCGUCCUUCAAAUCAGCGUGCGACUUUUUCUGACAUCCAGAUGGGCAUGAUGAACGGUGCCGACAUCACUGUGGGCCAGUAUAUUGGCCGCUCGAUCAUUCCCAGUUUCAUUGGCAACAUGAUCGGUGGCGGUCUCCUUGGCAUUCCCAUGGUUUUCAUCUACCACCCCCCGAUGCUCCCGUCGUUUCUUACGCGCAACAAGAGCGAGAGCUCUCUGUCGACUCUGAACGAGGCCCCCACUCGUUCCAGGUCCCGCAUCGCGGAGGCGUACCCCAUGGAGGACAUUCGCACCGAUGAGUCAAUGGCGAAUAAGGUGUAG